GGAGGGUGUCACUCAUAUACUGGUGGUGGAGGACGAAGAAGAAGGAACACAGGGACUUCUCUUGAUUUUGUACGAUUCACAGCACAAUGUAGCAGGCACUCUGGAAGUCAUCUGGAACUACAAAUAAAAGGAAGACUGAAGCCAUCCGUGUAUAAGAAGAUCAGAAUAUCUGGUCUACAGAGAAGAUAAUGCAGUUGGAACACAAACCCUUGAUAACCAGUCUGUGUAGCGGCGCAGCGCGGCCCGUGGAUGUGCCGCCGGUAGUCUUCCCGAGGGACUCCUGCUGGGCGAGAACCAACAUAGACGUUGACGAGGAGAUCAGAGCCACACGGAUAGAUGACGUGGAGUACACCUUCCCACACGGCACGUUUUACGCUCGCCAGGAGUCCACCACGGAAGAAAUCAUCAGGAUCACGCCGCCUGAACAGUCGGAGAAAGACGGACCAAAAUUAGUUAACGAAAGUGGGGACGUUACUGAGGAUGACGACCACAUGACCUGUGAACCAUCAGUCAAAUUUGCCGUCACCAUAUCGUCUCUGCAAUCAACGAGAUCGCACUGUCUUCAUCAUAAACAGUCAAACAGGAGUAAGGAAAAGCGGAAUGUUUCCUCACAAAUAUCGUACGUCAAAUGGGUCUCGCAAAUUACACCUAUCACACACGCCGAUAUGAUCGGGCAGCGUUUGGUGACGGUACUUUUCUAUCCACCGGACUGUAAGGGGUUAAAAGCGUUACUACUGUCCAUGGACCCAAGGGAAGACCCCAAGGACAAGUUCAGGUUUUUCCCCAACUUUGUCCUUUCCGUCCGUGAUUUGGAGAUACUCUGCUUGGACAACAACAUCAUUCGUGAUCUGCCCGCUAAAAUCGACCGCCUGGCAAGUCUGAAGGUUCUGGACCUUGACAAGAAUGUCAUAGAACGCCUCCCAAAACAGGUGGGGAGACUGGUAAACUUGGAAGAACUCUACAUCGCUAACAACAACUUGCAGGAAUUGCCAGAAGAACUGAAACAUCUCACAAAGCUCCGUCUUCUGAAUCUCAGGAACAAUAAGUUGAAAAAAUUCCCCAGAGUACUGCUCCAGUUGACCAAGCUCGUGGCCCUCCUGUUGGACAAUAACAACAUAGAUGAAAUCCCAGGCGAUGUCGACAAAUUCAAGAACAUGAAAGUCUUACUUUUGAGAGGAAACCGCCUCAUCACCCUUCCCGAGACACUGUGGAACUUAGCAGAGCUCCGUUGUCUGAUGUUAUGCUAUAAUGCAAUCGAGGACCUUUCCGACGGCCUCCUCAACCUCAGACAUCUCCACACGUUUGCCAUAAACGGUAAUAAAAUAACGCGCCUUCCGGACAACAUUUCUCAGUUGAAAAGCUUGAAGAUUCUCAGUUUUACAGGCAACCGAGUCGAUCAUCUGCCAGAUAGCUUUAAACUACUUGAACUUGUUCACCUUUUGUCGGAAGGAAAUCCGUUGACAGUGCAAAAAGUCAUCGGUGUGAACACAGGAGAUACAUCUGCUGUUCACCAGUCUGUAAAUGACAUAAGGACUUCUACUGUAGCUGACUAGCUGGUGGGGUAGUGAUCUUUGGAAGUAGACUGAAAGCUAAAAAGCUGAAAGUUAGGACAUCGUCAG